AUGGAAACCGUUACCUAUAAUUUCGUCGAUACAGGAUCUGUUACUGAUACAGGAUCCGUUACUGAACUUGAUACAGGAGCCGUUACUACUGGGGAGACUAUAACAGAAGGGAUCACUGAGCUCGUGGACCAAGCACAAAAGUUUGGUUUUAGUCGUGAGAAGUUUCUCAACUGGAUGUCAUCCAUCUCAAAUGAAUUUUUAUUGACGCAGACAAUUGAAUACUGGCUUCUUGCUUACGCAUCCGAAACAGUAACAGACUCUUGGAAUGAAGACUACUCGCCAGAUGCUUGGUUAAUGGAAUCCUUUUCUCUAAAAAGUGCCAAUUUCAUUGUUAACGGAGUAUCUGAAGAAUAUCUAAAAGCACAAACACCCAAUUACUGGAUUAAUUGGGCAAUAUACCAAUUCACUAAUCAAGCUUCAAAUGAGUUUAUCUCUUUUGUUGAAAAUGCAAGUGAGAAUAGAGUUGAUGUUUUUAAAAACACGCCAAUAAUUGUUACUAUAUCCGUUAGUAAUACUAGUGACAAAGGCAAUGAACUUAAUCUCCUCCUUGAAACAGAUCUUAAUCAAUUUAAUGAUAAAAGCACCUGGUAUUACCAUACCACGGACUUGAUUAGUACCGAAAGUAUUUUUACUGAUGGCAUCAGCUUGGUAGUAGGUCAGAUAAAACAAGAUUUUGGUGGUCGAACGACAUCAUUUUAUCUCAAUGAUGAAUUUAAGUCGGUAAUUGAUUUUGGAAUACAAAAAUUUAUUGGCUCACCAUGUGCGAUAAUUAUUUACGAUAUUCCAAAAUCUUUAUUAAAAGAUUAUCAACACCUUGAUCUUAGUAGUGGCAAUAAAAGGUGGAAGGAUGUAGUGCGUAAAUCUCGUAACUUUUGUAAAUGUGAGGCUGAUGUGUACGAUUUUAUAUAUGACCCUCAAGCCACCAAUUAUAUUCGAAUGAUUAGGAAUAAAUAUGAGACACCCAAGGCAGACAUCAAUAAGAAUCAGUUAGCACUCAAAUCAAGUAGAUUAACUAGUGCAGUUGAUUUACGCAUAGUAGGAAUCAUCAUUUAUAAAAAGAAUAAAAUCUAG